AAAUUGUUUGGCGGGCUUCUCUUUGUCAGCUGAUCAUCUUCCUUGAUUCACAAUAGAUUAUGAAUGUCGCUUGUAACCGUCAUGAUGAUAAUUCCCCAAUCUUGUUUAUCGAUUUUAACCAAGAUUAUACUUACAAAUCAAUUUAUGCAUCUUCGAUUUCUUUAUAAAAUCCCCAAAAACACAUUAGAGUUGAAGAGAUAGGAUUAAAAAUUUAUGGAUAAGUACUUAUUGACUUAACUGGCGAAAAACUUCAAUAGUGUUUUCAAUAACCUCAAGGCUUAUGCAAAGGAAGUUGUAGAACUGAUAUCUAGCUCCACGUUCAUAGUCUAUUCCUUAUACCUUUUUAACGAGCUAGCCCUUAAAAAGCUGCAUUUAAAAGCUGAGUACAUAAACUUGGACUUGACUAACAAGUUUCACCAAAUGCCAAUCAAUUCAUAUAUGGGUGCGAUGCAACUUCGUAAAUUCCCAUGGUUAUUUAGAGCCACAUCAUCCUAUAUAAUAUCCAUGUAGUUUUAGCAUUUUGGUUCAGCAUACAGGUAUAUAUGUGGUAGAACGAUAAUUAGGAUAUGUGGCGGUUAUUCGCUUCAUGAAUCCAGUCUAGCUUAAACAGUUUUAGUAUUGUACUUUCAGUCAUUAUAUAGAAAGUUUAAAAUCUUCAUAGACUUCUGAAACUAACGUCGAUACAUACUGGUGUCAUCUCCUAUGAUGACAAAAAUUUUGUAACCAUAAGAUACCAUUAGCUUUCACAGGAAAUAUUCUAGGCAAAGCUGAGUAUAUGAGGUUUUACUUGGUUACCAAGUCGUAUUUCGAUGUCUAUUCAAGUUGGGACAAAAACGGGAUACAGCCUCCUGUCAACUGUUGGUGAUCAGGUGACUGAGACAUUUUCUUCUACCGGUGAUCCCAUGUGUAUUGUUGGAAGAUUAUUUAAUCGAAGCUUAGUUACAUUGGUCUCACAGAACGAUAUGCGCAGGCUACUAGUUGCACAUUCCAGAAUAAACACAUUGAUAUGCCACUAUCGUUAUACCUUGACUAUAUUAGCUGUUAAAAUGAAUCAUCAGCGUUUAGUAGUUUGUGUAGAAGAUGGAAUAUUUAUUCAUAAUAUGCGUGAUAUGCAAUUACUGCACAAAGUUGAAGAAACUCCACCUAACCGAAAUGGUGUUAUUGCUUUAUCGGCCAAUGAAAGCAAUUGCUAUUUAGCCUAUCCUGGCUCUCAUCGUGUUGGAACUGUUUUCAUUUUCGAUGCAUUAAGUUUUCAAAAUGUUACAUCUAUCGCUGCCCAUGAUGGUCUACUAGCAUGUCUUACAUUUAAUGCGAGAGCUAAUUUAUUAGCGACUGCAUCAGAAAAAGGCACUGUAAUACGGGUGUUUUCUAUUCCACAAGGAGAAAAAGUGAUUGAAUUUCGUCGUGGACUUACUCGCUGUGUAUCUAUCUGCUCUCUAUCAUUCAGUAUGAAUAGUCAAUAUCUUGUUGCCGCUAGUCAUACAGAAACAGUGCAUAUAUUCAAAUUGGAAAGUCGUUCUUCUGAAAAGACACCUGAAGUUCAAACUGAUCACUAUACUAGACAACGUACUACGUCUUCUAGUUCUGGAGCUAGUCAAGUUGCUGGAUGUAUUAUAGAUGAUUGUGAUCCGCCUUCAUCUGAUGAUAUUGGUACAAAUUACCCGGGAUGUAUAGAUAUAAAUACUGCUGGUUUAGAUAAUACUAAUACUACAACUGGUGCAGCGGCAGCUACUAUGGCCAGUUGGAGUCAAGGUUUAAUGGGAUGGAUGGGAAGUACUCUAAAAACAUAUUCUGCUUAUCUACCACAUCAAGUUUCCGAAAUAUUUGCUCAAGAUCGUGCGUUUGCGUAUGCUCGAAUACCAUGUGCAUCAGUUAAUAGCCCAUUUCGUCCACCAGGCAGUGGUAGUCCUGUAAGUAUGACUCCAACCGGAGAAUUGGUUAAUCUUAAUUAUGUUGGUUCGACAACUUCAAUUCCUCAAGGUAGUUUAAUGCAAUUGUCACCUGGGCAAAGGAAAGUGGCUGCUCUUGUUUACUAUCAGAAUCAACCACGAUUAAUUGUCGCUGGCCUAGACGGUCUUGUGCAUAUUUUCUCUAUUGAUCCAGUCAAUGGUGGUGAAGGUGUUUUAAUAAGAACUCAAAGAUUACUAUCUCCACUUUCAACAAAUAAUCAACCAACUAGUAUAUCAUCUGUAGCAAUGAAUCCUAAUUCACCGUACGAUUCAAACUCUCUCCCAACAACUAAUAUUACUAAUAGUAAUGUUAAUAUUUCUACCGGAGAUGGUAAUACAUCUAAAAAUGUCAAUUGUAUUCGAACUGGCGGGCCUCAACAACCAGGUGUUUAUGCAUUACCAGCGUCUGUUGCUACAACUGUCAAUUUAUCCAGUGGCAGUAAUCCAGGCGUUGUUACAACUGGUAAAGUCAAUACAUUCGCAUCAGUUGUUGCUGGUGGUAUAAAAGAUGAAAGCACAAACGUUACUGGUGGUAAUCAAUCACCGAAUUCCUUGAAGUCAGCAUGUCAUGAUGAGUGAAUGAAUCGAUAAUGUAAAUGGAUCAACACAACCCCUCUCUACACACACACACACACACACGCAUCAAGAAAGAUUUGUCUACACUGCAAUAUUUCAGAUUCAAAUGUUGUUGUCGUCAUAGUUGUUAUUUUAAUUUUGUUGAAUAAUUGGCUAAAUGAUUUUAAUCGUGUAUUUUGACUAGUUCAUUAUCAUCUUCGGUUUAUUUUUGUCAUUCAAAGUUUUAUGUAUAAUGAAUUCUCAGAAACGAUUAUUUCAGUUGUUAGUGUGUUUUUAGCGUUUUAUUAUUAUUAUUUUUUGAGUGCCCAUUUUGUUAAGUAUAACACAGAAAUUCUGUUAUAUACUCUUUUCGAAUAUUGUUAGAGUAAAGGAAACUGGCGAAUCUAACCAACAUACACAAACACACACAUCAUACACACUCUUCAACAUUAUGCCUAGGUUUUUCCAACCAUCUUUAUUUUAAUAAAGUUUGUUUGACGUUUAUUUCCCACCAUCCAUUAAAUGCCUCUGUGUAUAUCGAAAAAAAGUUGUUCUCAGCCAAGGAUAACAGACAAUGAAAUAAGGUAUAAAUUAUCCCGUCUAUUCAACCCUGUAAUAUUUCUCUUCUUUUUUUUUUUAUUUUUACCAAGUUUGUCACCUUAUCUUGACUUAUUCCCAUUGUCGACUGUGCUAUUAUUGGUUACUGCUUGUUGUUAUCUUUUACUGUAUGAGCUACCACAUUGUACUACUCAUUAAUAUCAUGAUCAUUUAGAUGUUUCUUGAUUAAUGUGGUAAUGUAUACUUAUUUUCCAUUAGAUUACACGUUGAUUUUCUUUCUCAUUACUGUUAACAUGAAUUAUUUACUUCUCAAUGAAUUAUUCAAAUUUAUUAUUACUACCCAUUUAUAUUUAAUGGAAAAGUGAAUUAUUCUUUGUACAAAUUUUGUUGUCGAUUUUUUUCUCUCUUUCUCUCCCCAAGACAAUUGUUUUACAGAAGAAGGAAAAAAAGAGUCAAUGAACUCUUGAAUGACAGAUUUUGAUUUGUCCUUGUCUUUGAACUUUGUAUUUUUUCACUAUUAUUGACCCUGUUAAUAAUGCACCUAUAUAUUGAGCAUCUCACUCUUAUUCCUAUCCAUUUUGAUUAUUAUUAUUUUGUUGAAACUGUGAUUCGUAUAUUAAUUGUUUUCCAUUUAUCUAAUUGUGCUACCUGUGAAUUGUUGAAAUAGAUGCGAGUUGGUGGUUUGU